GGGGUUUGCCCGGCCUCUGGGGGUUCCGCUACCGGCGCCCGCCGCGGCUGGGCCGCCGCCGGGCCGCCACCAUGUUCACCAGCACCGGCUCCAACGGGCUCUAUAAAGCACCUUUGUCAAAGAGUCUGUUAUUAGUCCCAAGUGCCAUCUCGAUUCUGUUGACUCUGCUCUUCCAACAUUAUCAGAAGUUCUUUGUGUAUAACCUACAAGCUAUAAAAGAGGAUUUUCAGAUUUGGAGACUUGUAUGUGGGAGAGUGAUAUGCCUUGAUCUGAAAGACACAUUCUGCAGCAGCCUGCUCAUUUACAACUUCAGAAUAUUUGAAAGAAGAUACGGCAGCAGAAAAUUUUCAUCCUUCCUACUGGGUGCUUGGACGCUGUCAGCUUUGUUUGAUCUUCUCCUUAUAGAAGCUGCUCAGUAUGUAUUUGGCAUCACCAUCAACAGCUUGCCUUCUGGGUUCGCCAGAUCCAUUGUCAGCAUGACUGAGAAGUGGCUUACAGUGCACAAAUUAGCACCAUAUUUAUUUUUGUUCAAUAAACCUGUAAAUGAAAUCAGCUUGGGUCCCGUGUUUGCUCUGUUUGUACCGUUCUAUUGCUCCAUUCCAAGAGUGCAGGUGACACAAGUACUAGGCUUUUUUUCUAUUACAAACAAGACAUUGGUCUAUAUACUGGGUUUACAGCUCUUAACCUCUGGUUCCUACAUCUGGAUUUUAGCCUUAAGUGGAUUGAUUUCUGGGAUUUGCUACAAUAGCAGUAUAUUAAAAGUUCAUCGAAUUCUUUGUGUACCCAGCUGGGUAGCAAAGAUAUUUUCCUGGACUCUUGAACCAAUCUUCUCGUCUGCGGAACCAACGAAUGAAAUCCGAGUGGGAAUGGGAGCAACAGUCGACAUCCAGAGGCAGCAGAGAAUGGAGCUCCUGGAUCGACAAAUCAUGAUGUCUCAGGUUGCCCAAAUGAGGAGACAAAGGCAGCAGCAGGGUGGGAUGAUUAACUGGAAUAGACUGUUUCCUCCUCUACGUCAUAGACACAAUGAGAAUUACCAAGAUCAUCACCCAUCUGAGCAAGACACACCUCCACCUACUGAGGUUUCUGAAGAACAGGUUGCACGACUUAUGGAGAUGGGAUUUUCCAGGGGAGACGCUCUGGAAGCUCUGAGGGCUUCAAAUAAUGACUUAAAUGUAGCCACUAAUUUUCUACUGCAGCACUGAUGAUUAUGUGAGCGAUGAAGGAACUCUCCCCGUGGGUUUGUACGCUCCCGAAGGGGACACAGCCACCUGCUGGACAGACUGAUGCAGGUCGGCCCUGCCGAGCCGGCAGGAAGGAGAAGUGGGCUCCGCGUGACUGCUUAGUGAAUGACGUGAGCUGUUCCCAAGCCUUCGAAUCAACCGGUGGUUUCUAUUCUGGUUAUCCUUUUCAAAGUAAAUUUAGUUUCUACUUAUUACUGGAUAUCACCUAAAUUUAUUUUUUAAAUAAAAUAGGUGGUUUUUUUUCCUUGUAAAUCAUUGUUAGACACGUUAUCGAACUGAAUGACUAAGAAAACAUGCUCCUACAACCACAACAACCAGAUUGACCCAUUAAGGAACGGUGUGCUUUCUUUGUUUGCCCGUCUGAUUUCUCUAGCUUACAUGUUAUGUUACAGUACUUGAUUUCUGACUGCAGUAAUAAGGUGUUCAACGGUCACUUCAUGUUCAACUCACUGAAGUGUUAUGAGAUUAUACUGUCACUCCAGAAACUUUUAUUAAUGCCUGUAAUAUUUUGUUUCCUGAAUUCCUUUUUAAAUAAAAGUCAUCAUUCAGCACAUAAUAAUGCACAGAUAGGGUACAAGAAAAUUUAUAUGGUGUAUUACAAGCAAUGAUAAGUGACCACUGUACACUUAAAUUUUGCAAAUGGAGUAGAUUGCUGUUCAGACACAGGGCAUGAGGAUACUCACUGGAAGCAAUAAAGGUGAAUUGAAUGAGA